UUCCGCUUCCGGUGGGGCCGUGAGGGCGCGGGGUAGCCGGCGGUACCAUGGGCAAGUCGGAUUUCCUCAGCCCUAAGGCCAUCGCCAACCGCAUCAAGUCCAAGGGGCUGCAGAAGCUGCGCUGGUACUGCCAGAUGUGCCAGAAGCAGUGCCGCGACGAGAAUGGCUUCAAAUGUCACUGUAUGUCUGAAUCCCACCAGAGGCAGCUACUGCUGGCUUCUGAAAACCCUCAGCAGUUUAUGGACUAUUUUUCAGAGGAAUUUCGAAAUGAUUUCUUGGAACUACUCAGGAGAAGAUUUGGAACAAAGAGAGUCCACAAUAAUAUUGUGUACAAUGAAUAUAUCAGCCAUCGAGAGCAUAUCCACAUGAAUGCCACACAGUGGGAAACGCUGACUGAUUUUACUAAAUGGUUAGGGAGAGAAGGUCUUUGCAAAGUGGAUGAGACUCCCAAAGGCUGGUACAUUCAGUACAUUGACAGGGACCCAGAGACUAUCCGUAGACAGCUAGAACAAGAGAAGAAGAAGAAGCAAGACCUUGAUGAUGAAGAAAAAACGGCUAAAUUCAUUGAAGAACAGGUUAGAAGAGGUUUAGAGGGGAAAGAUCAGGAAAGGCCUGUCUAUACUGAACUAAACAGAGACAAUGAUGAAGAAAAAGUUGCAUUUAAUUUAAACAAAGGCGCAAGUACUUCGGUAGCAGCAUCUUCUAAAACAAGUGUCCUUGGGCCCAGUGCAUUGAAGAUGGUGGGAGGAACCGGAUCGGUUAAACGGAAAGAAACUGGUGAAAGCUCUAGUCAGUCAAAGGAGAAAAAGAAGAAAUCUGCACUGGAUGAGAUCAUGGAGUUUGAAGAAGAAAAGAAAAAAACGGCCCGGACAGACUACUGGUUGCAGCCUGAGAUUGUUGUAAAAAUUGUAACAAAAAAGUUAGGUGAGAAGUAUCACAAAAAGAAGGCAGUUGUUAAGGAAGUAAUUGACAAAUACACAGCAGUGGUAAAGAUGAUUGAUUCUGGAGACAAGCUGAAACUUGACCAGACACAUCUAGAGACAGUAAUCCCGGCACCAGGAAAGAAAGUUUUGGUGUUAAAUGGAGGUUACAGAGGAAACGAAGGCAUCUUGGAAUCUAUAAACGAGAAGAGCUUCUCUGCUACAAUAAUAAUUGACUCUGGGCCUUUAAAAGGACGCCGCGUUGACAGUAUCCAGUAUGAAGACAUUUCCAAACUUGCCUGAGACUUGAGUUAAGGCACCGUGGAUUUCUGGAAACAUCAAACUGACGUUCUCCAUACAAAUGCAAGACUCUACUAUGUCAGGGUUUUUAAUUAGUAUGUGUAUAUGUAUAUAUCUAUAAUAUAGAUGCAUAGAGAGAGGAUUUACCACAAAUAAACUGGGUGUAUAUAAAGACUGCUGUAAAUCUAUUACCUAAAUAUUUGUAGAAAUUUUGUUUCAGAUGAUUAUGUAUGAAAGUUGAAAUAUAUUGUAACCAUUUGAGUUUCUUUUGUAAGAUACUGCUGCUAUCUGUGGGCUGGAACUUUUUUCUUGGUGAACCAUGUUAAACAUUCGAGAAAAUAUUUCAACCUUAAAAGGGCCCCUUAAUUUGGGUGCUAUGUGUGUGAUAAUUGUCAGAGUUUGUCUAAGGUACUUUUGGACCAGCUACCGAAACUGAAUUCUUCCUUCAAGAAUAAGUGAAGGGAUUGAAAGACUAGCAGAAACAUAACAGUGCUGCAACACAAUAGGUUUCAGGGUUGCAAUAAUGUACCUAAGAGUGGUAUUAAAAUUGUGACCCACCAGUUUUUAAAGCUAUCGCUCUAAGGUUACAGUGAAAUUCUCUUAAUAUUUUGAUAAGCUUCCCUUGGUCCUGUCAGAGUCCCUGUAAAUACCAGUGGGUGACUUGCCUGCAUGGACUCCAAAAUGGAGCCCUUUUUUGGCAUGAAUUAUAGUACAAGCACAUCUGUGAGGCCAGCUGGGUGCACAAUCUCUUCAGUGACCUGAUGCAAGCUGAUCUCGGUGCUUUGUCUUUUGUGCUUGUUACUGCCAUUUCUCAGCUCUACUGCAAGUCACUUGUAAUCCGUUUUCAAAUAUGUCCCAUUUUGUGACAUGAUUUUGUACAAUGUUUAUUUUUAAAGCAAUUUAUAGAAUAAAAGCAGCCGUGUCUCAGCACGUAUCCCCUUCUAAUCAGGAGGAUUGCUCGGUUGGCUUGCUGCUAUUGGGGAGCACCAGCAGAGAGGGGGGCAGGUGAAUUUCUUGCCUUAUUUGUUCAAAUAACUAAAAGUGACAGACUGUCGUCAGAAGAGGACAGAGCAUUACGUUAUGGCUGGAUGUGUCUCUAAUUAGAUCUUCUGUCUUCUUGGAACAUGACAGAAAUGAUCUUCCUCCAACUAAGUUUGACUACAGAGGACAAAUCGCUUGUUUAUGGCCACUUGAUUUUUAAAAAAUAUAUAAUCAAGUCACUACUGA